AUGUACACACAGACAAAUGUACGUACAUACACACAAACACACACACACAUGUACACACACACAGACACAUGUACACCCACACAUACAUGUACAUACACGCAGACACAUGUACAGAUACACACAUGUACACGUAUACACACACACCCUCCCAUAAAACGUUGCAGUACUUCGUUGUUCACUCACAGAUCCGGGUACUGCGCUCUAGGGGGAGGCAGAGAGCACAGCAUACACUCCUUGCUUUGCUUUCACUGCGCUCAGCUAUUGAGAAGUCUGACGGCUCCCAGUGCCAAUGACAGAUCCGGCCUGAGCUCCGAGCCUGCUCAGCAAGAUGGCUCUGGGGGACACACUCGCCCCCCCACCAUAAUUUCCACUCGCCAUUUGCGAGCAGGCGAGUGGAAAUUUCAAACCCUGACACGAAGAUAAGCAAAGCUUUA